GAACAGGCAGUCAGGCACCCACCCGGAGGUCGGCCCCCACCACGCAGGCACGCACGCAGCUCACGCCGGCGGCAACUGGACAAGAGAGGCGGCGGCCGGAGCACGGGCCGGCGAUGGCGUUCACGAUGCGCGCGGUGAAGGUGCCGCCGAAUUCGGCGUCGCUGGAGGAGGCGCGGCACCGAGUGUUCGACUUCUUCAAGCAGGCCUGCCGCUCCAUCCCUUCCAUCAUGGAGAUCUACAACCUGGAGGACGUCGUCACCCCGGCCCAGCUCCGCUCCAGCAUCGCCCAGCAGAUCCGCAAGAAUCAGUCCGUCUCCGACCCCAAGGUUAUUGAUAUGCUUCUGUUCAAGGGGAUGGAGGAGUUGAACAACAUAGUUGAGCAUGCAAAGCAGCGCCAUCACGUGAUUGGCCAGUAUGUGAUCGGCCAACAGGGUCUGGUGCAGGAUCUGGGCUCAAAAGACCAAGGGAGCUCUGAUUUCCUCAAGAAAUUCUACACUAGCAAUUACUUUUAGUCCGAGUUAACAGAUUCCCUCCUUCUGUAAUACUUUUGAGGUGCUCUGAAUAAGACGCUGAGGUACCUACCCGGAUCAAUUGCUUCGCCACUAGAGUUUGAUUUGUUUGGUCAUGAUGCUGUUGUUAGUUGUUUGUGACUUGUAGACUGUUGUACUUAUCAAGUUGAUUUUUAUGGGUUGAGCAUACCAAGAUCGAACUUGUGUUUUUUC